AAAAUGUCUUCGGUUCCGGACGGGAAGAAACUGGUCCGCAGCCUGAGCGGACUGAGAAUGGUUCCGGAAAACGGUGCCUUCAACAGCCCCUUCUCUCUGGACGAACCGCAGUGGGUCCCCGACAAAGAGUGCCCGAGGUGCAUGCAGUGUGACACCAAGUUCGACUUCAUCAGAAGAAAGCACCACUGCCGGCGCUGCGGCCGCUGCUUCUGCGACAAGUGCUGCAGCAAGAAGGUAGCGCUGCCCCGCAUGUGCUUCGUGGACCCGGUCAGGCAGUGCGCCGAGUGCAGCCUGGUGUCCCAGAAAGAGGUGGAGUUCUACGACCGGCAGCUCAAAGUGCUGCUCGCAGGUGGCACCUUCAUGGUCACUUUGGGGACCUCAGACCGCUCUGAAACCAUGAGCUGCCGCCUCUCCAACAAUCAUCGGUACCUGUUCCUGGACGGUGAGAGUCACUUUGAGGUGGAGCUGUCUCGGAUCUCCAGCAUGCAGAUUCUGACGGACGGGACGAGUCCAGGAGAGGACGAUAUUCACACGUACACCAGUCUGCUGGACAGUCAGUGUCUCUCUGAAGGAGGCCCGGCCCGGGCCAGCGGCAUGCUGCUCCAGUUCAAGCCCAUGGGCUCUCAGGACGUCCAGCAGCUCCGCCUGGAGGCAGCAGAAGACAAGAAGGUGGCCGCCUUGUGGCUGGCUGCCAUGCACAAGGCGGCCAAACUCCUGUACGAAGCUCGGGACCAGUGAUGAGCAGAACCGAGCCUCCGGGCAGCACGCACCCAAGUGUUUGGACCCGCCUGAGCCGGGUUUGUUUUCAGUACAGAUUCUGCUUCUCGUCAACUCCUGACGUCUCAUCAGCGGUUCUUAACGAGGUCCAACGUGUCUUUUUUUUUUUUUUUUUACAUACGGCUUUUUUAAAGAAAAUUCUGCUUCGGUUCGUUGGAUCAGUCAGAACUUGCUGGUGUGAGAUUGCUUUAAUUCAACUGUUUUAUUAGAAAACUCUAAAAACUUCAUUUAGUUUUCUUAUAAAACAUCCAGCUGUGGAGCAAACUUCAGUAAAAUACACUUUUUAACACUUAUUUUAUGGCACUUUAUCGUUAUAUGCUGUUGCUGCUGGUUAGUUUGCAGGAAGAGAACCAAGUAAACUAAAAUAAACUCGGCAAAUCUUUCAGAAUAAAAGUUAAAAGAACGAAGUCCACUUUUAAUGCGGCUCAAAAACAGACGUUUGUGAUUUUCUUUGCUUCCAGGAGCCGUUUAUCUGCUUUUCUUCUUUCAACAACCUAAACAGAAUCUUAAAAUAUGAGUCAAUAUCUUACCUGUUGUAGAAGCUCAGACUGAAAAAAAAACCUGUUGAAAUCU